AAAGAANAUGGGAAAGGGUAAUCAGGAGGUUACGAGGACGAAUGGCACAAUGUCCGGUAUCUGUGAGGUAGAGAGAGAAAUCGAGAUAAUGUCCAGGGAUGAGAGAAGCUCUCACCACAGCAUGUCGAGCACCGGGUUGUUGCCGGCCCUCGGCGUCCACACCAACCGCCGGCACAAGCUCCGCCGGUUCAUUAUUUCUUAUCGUGACCCUCGAUACAUGGCAUGGGACACAUUCUUGACUAUACUCGUGUUCUACACGGCAUGGGUUUCGCCGUUCGAGUUCGGUUUCAACAUGCGACACAGUAAAGCCCUCGCCAUAACCGACAAUGUCCUCAAUGCUUUUUUCGCAAUAGACAUCGUGCUCACAUUCUUUGUAGCCUACCUCGAUAAAGAAACUUACCUCAUCAUUGAUGACCACAAGAUGAUUGCCUCGAGAUAUGCGAAAACAUGGUUGAUCUUUGAUGUGAUAGCUACAAUACCUUCGGAGCUCGCCCGCAAAGUCCUGCCUUCAAAUGUCGAGUCGUAUGGCUAUCUUAGUUUGCUUCGUCUGUGGCGUCUUAGACGAGUUAGUGCCCUGUUUAGGAGAUUGGAGAAGAAUACAAACUACAACUACUUUUUGGUCCGGGUUUUAAAACUCACAUUUGUUGUGCUUUUCGACGUUCACUGUGCUGGUUGCUUCUUCUACCUUCUUGCUGACAGAUAUCCCGACCCCGAAAAUACGUGGAUUGGCUCAAUACAUCCCGAUUUUCACAAGAUGUCCCUUUGGGACAGAUACGUUAUAUCCAUCUACUGGUCCAUUGUCACAGUCACAACCACCGGAUAUGGUGAUAUACACCCAGUGAACACAGGUGAAAUGGUUUUCGACGUCUUUUUCAUGUUUUUCAACCUCGGGCUCAACUCCUAUAUAAUCGGGAACAUGACCAACAUGAUUGUCCAAGCAACAUCCAAAACUAGGAAAUUCAGAGAGAGCAUUAGUUUAGCCUCGAACUUUGCGAAAAGGAACAAACUGCCACCGAGGCUUGAGGACCAGAUGAUAGCUCACUUGAGCCUUAGGUACAGAGCAGAUUCCGAAGGCUUGCAUCAACAGGAAACUCUCGACGUGCUUCCGAAAGCCAUUCGGUCGAGUGUUAUGCAUUUUCUGUUCUAUUCCCUUGUUGAGAGGGUGUAUUUGUUCAAAGGGGUGUCCAAUGACCUCCUCUUUCAGAUAGUAUCUGAGAUGAAGGCCGAGUAUUUUCCACCGAGGGAAGAUAUAAUUUUACAGAAUGAGGCACCAACUGAUAUGUAUAUCUUGGUUAAUGGGGCAGUGGAACUUAUAUCACAUAAAAGCGGGAUGGAACAGGUCGUUCGGGACUGCAAAACGGGGGACGCAUGUGGCGAAGUAGGCGUGUUGUGCUACAGACCACAGCUUUUUACCGUUCGCACAAAACGGUUGAGUCAGCUUCUACGCCUGAACCGUACUUCCUUGCUGAAUAUUCUCCAAGCCAAUGUUGGAGAUGGUACCAUAAUCAUGAACAAUCUUCUUCAGUAUUUGAAAGAGAAGAAAGAUCCCGUGAUGCAAGCAAUAUUAACAGACACCGAGCACAUGCUGGCCAAUGGGAGAAUGGAUGUUCCACUUAGUCUCUGCUUUGCGGCUGCACGUGAAGAUGAUCUUUUGCUGCACCAUUUGCUGAGGCGCGGUUUAGACCCAGAUGAGCUCGACAGUAACGGCCGCACUGCAUUGCACAUUGCUGCAUCAAAGGGGAGUUUAGAAUGCAUUCUUCUACUUUUGGACUAUGGAAACGUUCCCCUUUGGGACGCGAUACUUGGAAAUCACGAGCCAGUGAUCAAGAUCCUCGUCGACAACGGCGCCACGCUGUCCUCGGGGGACGUGGGACAGCUGGCGUGCUUCGCCGCCGAGCAGAACAACCUCGAGCUACUCAAGGAGAUCAGCAAGCACGGAGGGGACGUGACGCUGCUCAACAUAACUGGCACCACGGCCCUCCACACAGCCAUCUCGGAGGAGAAUCUCGAGAUCGUCAAGUUCCUCGUCGAGAAAGGGGCCGAUAUCGACAUGGCGGACGUGCACGGGUGGACCCCACGUGCCCUAGCUGACUACCAAGGCCACGAGGAGAUCAACGCCUACUUCCGAACCUUGGGUGGGGUUGGUGGGGCCCACCACGACGAGGGUCGCCCGAGCGCUGCGGGACCCGACCCGGAACUGCCCGAAGCGCCGUACCUGAAGAAGUACUCGAGCGCACCGUCGAUCGUGCCGCUGGCGUCGGCGACGGCGGCAGACGGGAGGGAUGCCGCCGCCGAAAAGUUUGGAGUUCAGGCAACAAAAGUUCUUACAAAAGAUGGGGCAUUGGUUGAGGAUUUGGCUGUUGUAAGAGAUGGUGAUCAUCUGCUUCUCAUCAGUUGA